CCGUUCGAGCCGUAGUAGCGAAUACCCCUCGCACCGUUGUGGGGGCAAAGCGCGGCAGCGGUGCCCUCACCCAAGAUGGCGGCGGGCCGGGGGCGGGCUCUCCCUCAGUCCCUCUCCCCCUCUCUCUCAAUGCCCGCGCAGAAAAUGGCGGCAGAGCGGAGCGGGACCCCGCGCACAGCGCCCCCCGGCCGCCCCCCGGCCGCCCCUCAGCCCGCAGCAUGAGCCGCGCGGUGCGGAUAGCCCGCUUGGCGCCGCGGGGCGGCAGGCCGGCUUCUCUCCUCCUCCUUCCCACCCCUCGGGGGGCGGCGAUAGCGGCGGGGAGGAAGAAAAGGAUGCCACGGAAGCCGCCGUUGCCUUACAAAUCUGUUUUUCCUCCUUUCCGAGCUGCCAAGGGGCUGCAUGACGCCGCGGCGAUGAACGCGGCCAGGAGCGGCUAUCGGGUUUUCUCGGCUAAUUCCACGGCGGCCUGCACCGAGCUGGCCAAGCGCAUCACCGAGCGUCUUGGUGCUGAGUUGGGGAAAUCUGUAGUGUACCAGGAAACCAAUGGAGAAACAAGAGUUGAAAUAAAAGAAUCUGUCCGGGGACAGGACAUCUUCAUUAUACAGACAAUCCCCAGGGAUGUAAAUACUGCUGUGAUGGAGCUGCUGAUAAUGGCUUAUGCACUGAAGACUUCCUGUGCCAGGAACAUCAUUGGAGUCAUCCCCUACUUCCCCUACAGCAAACAGAGCAAAAUGAGGAAGAGAGGCUCCAUCGUCUGCAAGCUGCUGGCAUCCAUGCUUGCCAAGGCAGGUUUAACACACAUUAUCACUAUGGAUCUUCAUCAAAAGGAAAUUCAAGGCUUCUUCAGCUUCCCUGUAGACAACCUGAGAGCAUCCCCUUUCUUGAUUCAGUACAUACAGGAAGAAAUUCCAGAUUAUAGAAACGCAGUUAUUGUGGCCAAGUCUCCUGAUGCAGCUAAAAGGGCUCAGUCUUAUGCUGAGAGGCUGCGGCUGGGGCUGGCAGUGAUCCACGGGGAGGCUCAGUGCACAGAGCAAGACAUGGAUGAUGGACGUCACUCCCCUCCCAUGGUCAAAAAUGCAACUGUGCAUCCUGGUCUGGAGCUGCCAUUGAUGAUGGCCAAGGAGAAACCACCAAUAACUGUGGUUGGAGAUGUUGGAGGAAGAAUUGCCAUCAUUGUGGAUGACAUCAUUGAUGAUGUGGAAAGCUUUGUAGCUGCUGCAGAGAUCCUGAAAGAGCGUGGAGCCUACAAGAUCUUUGUGAUGGCCACUCAUGGGCUCCUGUCUGCAGAUGCACCCCGUCUCAUAGAGGAAUCUUCCAUUGAUGAGGUGGUGGUGACCAACACAGUUCCUCAUGAGGUACAGAAGCUGCAGUGCCCCAAGAUAAAGACUGUGGAUAUCAGCUUGAUUCUCUCUGAAGCCAUCCGACGAAUCCACAACGGGGAGUCCAUGGCCUAUCUCUUCCGCAACAUCACUGUUGAUGACUAGACCUGACCCUGCCCCUGUCCUGGCUUCCACAGGAGAAGGAAAAAUGCAUGAAAAGGCAAUACCAUAAAUUAUAGGCAUAACACAACCGUUUAUUCUUGUAGGAAGGGUGAGAGUUCUCAGGGUCUUGAGCCAUGAGAUCCAAUAGAAAAAGAUCAACCUGACCAGCACUUUACAGUUGAACAGAAAAGGCCACUGGCAGUGGGGAGGGUUUACAACUUAGAGAGAAAUGGAGAAAUGAGGAAGGUUUGAAUUUUUAAACUCCUUUUUUUUUUUAAUUUUUUUUAGCGUUAUCUCUUGCUCUGAAGGGUGGGGGGGAGAAGAAAAGUGAGAAAAGAAUAGCUGUCAGUUUCUGAGAAAGGAAUAGAGAGCACUCGUUGCUGCAAGAGGAAGCAACAUUUGGGUUUCUGUUUCUGACUGUGGCUUGCCUGAGAAAGCACAGAAAGGAACAUACUGAGGCUGCUGGGCUGCACCACUCACUGCUGGCAGAGCAGAGUGCCAGCUGAGCACCCUCUGAUCUCUUGCAUGGCAUACUGAGUGCUUUGAUCAGAUCCAAGUUAACAGAACAGCCAGAAAGGGCAGCUCAGGUCAUAUCACUGCAGGGCUGCUCGGGUCCCUGUGACUGGGCACUGGGAACAAACUCACACGUACCUCCCAGCAGGGCAAGGGGUGCUGGGCCAUUUCAUUUUGUGAGCCUUGGGUCAUUAUUGUGCUUCAGUGGAAAGUCAUGUGAGGCUGUGGGUCAUCACUUGAACACUUGUCUGCACUGCAAAACCAGGCAUGAUUCCUGGAGCUGCCUGAAGUUACUGAAUGAGGGCAGAAUCUUCUCGGGGAGGGGGUUGGAACAGCAUCUGCCUCCAGCACAGCUGAGCUCUCUGAAACAAUAACACUCAACCUGCAAUAAAAAGCAUAGGAUUUCUCAUUUUUUGGUGUGUGCAGUGACCCCUUUGCCCUCUGAACAGCUGCUGUGUCUGAACCAUGAGGCUUUUGCUGUAAGUAGGCUCUCUCAGCAGCUUCUAGCCUUCUUCCAUAGGGAAGCAGGACUUGCUACUGGCUCCUUUCUUGAGUGACACAAAUCCUUGGCUGGAGGGGAUGCUGGAGAAAGCAGUGUGCUGUGCUUGUGGAGAGCUUCGUCUCCACGUUGAUACAAGGAUAAAUUCCCAAACUGUGAUCUUCCCCCUUAAUGAGGCAAAUAAACGUGCUCCCAUGAAACCUGUAA